CAUCAACCAACAACAACAAGAGCAGGAAGAGAAAGAAGAGAAUUUUCAAUCAUGAAGAUGGCUGACGGUUCCACAAUUUUGCGACGAAACAGACCCGGAACAAAGGCAAAGGACUUUUCCAACUGGGCCGAUGAAGUGUUCGAGGAGAUGGACAGCACGCUUGCCGUGCAGCAGUACAUCCAGCAGAUGAUCAAGAAGGACCCCUCGAAUGUGGACCAAAUUCUUACCAUGCCCGACGGGCAGGACGAGGGUGUGUGGAAGUACGAACACCUGAGACAAUUUUGUAUGGAAUUGAACGGGCUGGCGGUGCGACUCCAGACGCAGUGUUUUCCUGCCACCUGCACCCAGAUGACUGCGACGGAGCAGUGGAUCUUUCUGUGUGCAGCACACAAAACGCCCAAAGAGUGUCCGGCGAUCGAUUACACGCGGCACACGCUCGACGGUGCUGCAUGCUUGUUGAAUAGUAAUAAGUAUUUUCCCAGCAGGGUCUCGAUCAAAGAUUCGUCGGUAGCAAAGCUAGGCUCGGUGUGUCGCCGGGUGUAUAGAAUUUUCUCGCACGCCUACUUCCACCAUCGGCGAAUAUUCAACGAGUUCGAGGAGGAGACAUCGCUCUGUCUAAGGUUUACCAACUUCGUCACGAAGUACACGCUCAUGUCGAAGGAGAAUCUGAUCGUUCCCAUUCCGGAAUGUGAGCUUACGCCCGGCGAAAGUGAAGCCUAAACAUCGGCGCGAAGGCGAAGCGGUGAAAGGUUAUCCCCAUUUCGGCAAUCCUUGUGCGCGUGACGUGUAAGCGGAUAUCCUUGAACCGUUGCUCUGAUCGCAACAUCAGCUGCAGAAGCAUACGCGAAGGAAAGGGUAAGAGCGCGCUGAAGGGAUAGUGUAUUCUGCGAUUUAAAACGAAUUGGGUGUGUGCUCGAUAUCGACAAACCAGGUGAACCCUGAUCAUUGCUAAUCGUUCUAUUUAGUUGGGAAGUUUACUUCCCUUAUCUUUCCCGUCUAGUUUAACAUAUAAAUUAUUUAUAGUUCACUGUGUCUGUUCAAUUUGCUUUUAAAUUCCCCUUUCCCCGUAAGUUUAUUGUGAAACGAGUAGUGCUUUUAAAUUAUCACGAUUUCUUUUUGCCAAUCCUGUGUAGCACGAUAGUGCGACAGUAGAGCAGCAAUGUUUUGAGCAAAACUAGCCAGCAAACCCUUCCCAAAUCAAGCAAAAAACAAAGCGCCAGUGUUUGUGAAACUUAGCAAAGCUGUGUACAUGUACCCCAGGGGUUUGCAACAACAAUCUUUUUAGUAUUUCGUGUGUGUGUGUG